UAAGAAAUAACGUAAUCUUGCGCAAGAUUGAACAAUCAGUAAAAUGAUACGCAUCUUUAUUGGUACGUCAUUAUUUCGAGCCUUAUAAACGUCAGUGCUUGAAUGUCAGUAGGCCAGUCAUGUUGUUAUAGAAGUUAUAAUUCGCGUACGUCACGUGCGAAUAUAAAAUCGACCACUCCUUAUCGUAGACAUGAUCAAUAUUUUAUUUAAGAGUUUGAGUCGACGAAAUAUAAAGGUUUCAUUUUGCAAAUGUAAUUUAAUCAUGUCUCACAAUCAAUCUAAUGGCAAAUGUUCAGUGCUAACCGAAACGAUCCCGCUCUCGAAGGAUUUUCUCUUCCGUCAAUUCUUCGAUCCAGUAUCCAGUACGUACACUUAUCUGUUGGCUGAUAUCAACGAUAAGACCGCGAUCUUCAUUGAUCCGGUUAUCGAAUGGGCCGAACGUGAUAAGACCAUCAUUCAGGAUUUGGGAUUAACGUUAAAAUACGCUAUAAAUACGCACAUGCACGCCGAUCAUAUCACCGGAACAGGAAGGCUGAAGUGUUUGUUACCUGGCUGCCAGUCAAUGAUAUCACGUACCAGCGGCGCUGAGGCCGAUAUACUCUUGGAUCCGGAUGACCAAAUAAGCUUCGGCAGGCAUAAAUUACGGGUGUUGCCCACACCCGGACACACCGAAGGUUGCGUUACUUAUGUCUGCGACGAGCAGGGCGUCGCAUUCACAGGCGACGCUCUUUUAAUACGAGGAUGUGGUCGAACAGAUUUCCAGGGUGGCUCUCCAGAAGUUUUGUACAAGUCUGUGCACUCGAAAAUUUUCUCGUUGCCACCGAAUUAUAGACUAUAUCCGGCCCACGAUUACUCCGGAAGGACGGUGACCACAGUGGCCGAAGAGAAGGCCUUUAAUCCAAGAUUAACUAAAUCUCUGGAUGAAUUUGUCGAGAUAAUGAAGAAUCUUAAUCUUGCGUACCCGAAAAUGAUCGACAAAGCUGUACCAGCUAACAAAGUUUGCGGAUUAUACCAGCUUCCAAAAAUAUGAGAAGAUAUUAACUCUGGGACAUAUUUAUACUCAUCGAUCCGCCGAAUAGUGAUUUUAUAAUUACUCCUGUAUACUGUAUGCAAUAAAAUAUACUAAUUAUACAUUUAA